AUGUCUCAAAAAUUGGCCAACAAAGUAGCCAUCGUGACAGGGGCUGCAUCCGGCUUUGGUACCGGCAUAGCGACCAAGUUCGUCCAAGAAGGCUGUAAGGUCCUCAUUGCCGAUCUGAACGCUGAGGGUGGCCAGAAGGUUGCGGAUGAGCUGGGAUGUAGCUUUGCCGUAGCAGACGUCACGAACCUCGAACACUGGAAAGCACUCCUGGAGAAGGCCGGCGCAGAAUUCGGCGGUUUAGACAUCGUGGUCAACAAUGCCGGCGUAACGUAUGUCAACAAACCCACCGAGACUGUGACCGAGAAGGACUUCGACUUGGUGAUGAAUGUGAACGUCAAGUCAAUCUACAUGUCUGCUACUGCCUGUCUACCCUAUUUCUUGGAGAAUCAGCGCCCGGGCGUUUUCAUCCAGAUUGGAUCCACAGCAGCCACUCGCCCACGCCCUGGACUCACCUGGUAUAAUGCGUCCAAAGCAGCAGUGAUGAAUGCGACUAAGACCAUGGCGGUGGAGUACGGGCCACAUCAGAUCCGCUUCAAUUGCGUUGCACCCGUUGUCGGGAGUACUGGAAUGACGCACCUGUUUCUCGGUAAACCAGACACAGAAGAGAACCGAGCGGGCUUUGUCUCGACUGUGCCACUUGGGCGAGCGUCGACCCCGGCAGAUGUGGCCAAUGCCUGCAGCUACCUUGCUAGCGACGAAGCUAGAUUCAUAACUGGCGUGAACCUUGAGGUCGAUGGUGGGCGGUGUGUCUGA